AGCUCAGUCGUAGGCCCUGGGGGUCGGGCCAGCAACAAGCUAUUAUCACAGACAUGGGCCAAGGAGCCAGAGGCCGCCCGGGGUCUGUGAGUUGAGCUUGAGGCUGCAGGACCAGGGUCAUCAUGGGGACAGACAGCCUGGGUUCCUUCUGGGCAGUACUCCUGCUUCCCCUAGUGUUCGGAGUCCCCACAGAGGAGCCCACCUUUGGGGACUCUGCGGCCUCCCACCUCAGCAAAGGCUGCCGACGAUGCUGUGACCCUGAGGAACCGCUGUCCUCGGCUGAUUCUGUCCAAGACCCUGCUUCCCCCAACUUCCCCUAUGUUCUGCCCGAGGUCAGGCCCUACAUCAACAUUACCAUCCUGAAGGGUGACAAAGGGGACAGAGGUCCUCCAGGAACACCAGGGAAGCCAGGCAAAGAUGGUCCCCGAGGGGACCGUGGCUCUCAGGGUUUUGUCAAAGGCGACAAGGGGCAGGCAGGCAACCCUGGCAGCUCGUGCCAGGUGCACUACUCGGCCUUCUAUGUGGGUCGCAAGACAGCCCUGCACAGCAGUGAGGACUUCCUCCCACUGCUGUUCGACAGGGUCUUCGUGAACACCGACGGCCACUUCGACAUGGCCACUGGCCGCUUCAGGGCUCCCCUGCGCGGCCUCUACUCUUUAGCUCACGUGCACAGCUGGAAUUACAAGGAGACCUACGUUCACAUCGUCCACAAUGAGCAGGCGGCCGUGAUCCUCUACGCGCAGCCCAGCGAGCGCAGCAUCAUACAGAGCCAGAGUGUGAUGCUGCCGCGGGAGCCGUUGACCCGUGUGGGUGCGGCUCUUCAAGCCGGAGAGCGGGAGGAGAACGCCAUCUACGCGACGACGUGGACCACCUACAUUCCUUCAAGUGGCCAUCUGUCAAGGCGGAGGACUGACCUUCCCUGA